CGGGGUCUAGCGCUGUCCCGGGGCUCGCGACUGAAGAGCAACAGAAGUGUUUUGGGGCGGCCGGCAGAGUACUACACCGGCUGCACGGUACUCAGUCAGCUCAUAGCCCAUAGCCAUGUGAACUUCAGUCCCUGGUGAAUCCCAGAGGCACAGCGGGCGAGAGACAGAGGGAGAAAGGAAGGAGGCAAGGAGUACAUGCGAAGUUAGUUGGACAUCGGGCAUCGUUCGGCACUUUCCGGCCCGGCCCCAUGUCAGCAUGAGUUUUCGAGAGCUCGACCGCACAGAAAAGUCUGGGAGACGCGAAGUGUCGAAAUGUUUGAGUCGAAAGUCCGAUUGUGAUUGUUGCAGCCAAACGUCCGACUGUUUUUAACUGGAGACUUGAGCGCUGCUCGGAUCGUUUCUUUGGGGGGGGCGGGGAGAGAGAUAUGUUUUGAAUCCUUACGUUCGACAGAGAUGCAAAAAGCCAUGUUCAAGAAAAUGAGUUUAACUUAUUUGUUUUUACCGAAUCUAGUUUUUUACCUGUUGUUGCAAGACGUCAGCGGUUCCAAUAUUUGUACAAGUGGACGUGCUACCUCCUGCAAAGAGUGUUUGCUUAUUCAUCCUGACUGUGGCUGGUGUGUUCAAGAGGAAUUUGGCAACAAGGGAAGCUUCUCAUCAAGAUGUGACUUUAGGGAAAGUUUGAUUAAAAGAGGAUGCAGUAUUCACUUUAUAGAAAGCCCUCAAAGCAGCAUACAGAUAGAAAGAAACUUACCAUUGAGCAAUAAGGGAUCAGGAUCAUCGCAAUCAGAUGUCAUUCAACUUGCACCUCAAAGGAUUGCACUCACACUAAGACCAGACCAUGAGACAACAUUUCGUAUGCAAGUACGGCAGGUGGAGGAUUACCCUGUGGAUUUGUACUAUCUUAUGGAUCUUUCCCUCUCCAUGAAAGAUGAUUUAGACAACAUCCGUGUGCUGGGUACAACAUUAUCCCGAGAGAUGGCAAAGCUCACCAGCAACUUUCGUCUGGGCUUUGGAACGUUUGUUGACAAGCCAACAUCACCAUUUUCUUACACAGGACCGAAAUACCAGAACAACCCAUGUGUAGGAUAUAAGCUGUUUCCACAAUGUGUUCCAUCUUUUGGAUUCCGUCACUUGCUAUCACUGACUGACAAGUCAGACAAGUUCAAUGCAGAAGUUCAGAAGCAGAUGGUAUCUCGGAAUCGUGAUGCACCAGAGGGUGGACUUGAUGCAAUCCUGCAGGCAGCCGUUUGCAAGAAAAAAAUAGGCUGGCGGAAGGAGGCUUCCCACUUGCUGGUAUUUACCACAGAUGAUGUACCGCAUAUUGCAUUGGAUGGCAAGAUUGGUGGUCUGGUACAGCCCAAUGAUGGACAGUGCCAUCUCGAUGAAAAUAAUGAGUACACUUCCUCAACACAAAUGGAUUACCCAUCACUUGCACUUCUUGGAGAAAAGUUGGCAGAGAACAACAUCCAUUUGAUAUUUGCUGUUACUCAGUCCCAUUACAUACUUUAUAAGAAUUUUACUGCUUUGAUCCCUGGAACAACUGUAGAAAUUCUUGACAAGGAUUCAAAGAAUAUAAUUCAACUGAUUGUCAAUGCUUACAGUAGUAUUCGGUCCAAGGUUGAACUGACAGUAGGGGACCAACCAAAAGACAUUGAACUUUCCUUGACAGCCACAUGUCAGGAUGGUGUUUCACGCCCUGGUGUUAGAAAGUGUGGUGAUCUUAAAAUUGGAGACACGGUGUCUUUUGAUGUCACUGUAGAAGCUAGGAGCUGCCUGGAAGCCCAGACCAGAAAUAGCUUCACCAUUAAGCCAGUUGGCUUCAAAGAUUCACUGAGUAUAACGUUUGGUUAUAUUUGCAACUGUGACUGCACAAGUGGGAUGCAAGCCAGCAGCUCCAAGUGCAAUGGUAAUGGAACCUAUGAGUGUGGGAUCUGUAAGUGUGAUCCAGGCUUUCUGGGAGCCAAUUGUGAAUGCCAGGAUGGAGAAACCAGUAAUGUAUUCCAGACGUUCUGCCAUGAAGCAGAGGGAAGACCGAUCUGCAGUGGCAGAGGGGAAUGCAGCUGCAACCAGUGUGUCUGCUAUGAGAGUGAGUUUGGAAGGAUUUAUGGGACUUUCUGUGAAUGUGAUGACUUCUCAUGCGCGAGGCACAAGGGCAUACUCUGUUCAGGGCAUGGAGACUGUCAUUGUGGUGAAUGCAAGUGUCAUGCCAGCUGGAUUGGAGACAACUGCAAUUGUUCGACAGAAAUGGACUCGUGCCUGUCAGAUGAUGGGCAAAUGUGUAGCGGUAGAGGAAACUGUGCAUGUGGCCGAUGUUCAUGCACUGAACCUGGAGCAUUUGGGGAUACCUGUGAGAAGUGCCCAACCUGCCCUGAUGCCUGUGGCAUGAAAAGGGAGUGUAUAGAAUGUAGAUUGUUUAAUUCUGGGAGGCUGGCUGACAAUCAGACUUGUCAAAAGCUCUGCAAAGAUGAGAUCCUGACUGUGGAUGUCCUCAAAACAGACGAUCAGGAUGCAGUUCUCUGUCUGUACAAGACUGAAAAUGACUGUGUCAUGAGGUUUACUUAUUCAGAACACGACAGUGGAAAAUCUGUUCUUACUGCUUUAAAGGAACCAGAAUGUGCAAGUGAAACUGAUCCAGUAACCGUAUUGAUAGCUGUAGUUGGUAGUAUUUUGACAGUGGGCAUUGUUUUGCUUGCCAUUUGGAAACUGAUUGUCACUAUUCAUGAUAGAAGAGAGUUCGCCAGAUUUCAAAAUGAAAGGUCCAGAGCCCGAUAUGAGAUGGCAACCAAUCCACUGUACAGACAACCCAUAACCACACAUACUGUGGAGAUUCUUUCAACAAUGCAUAACAUAUCUUACAAUGGUAUAGUUGACUGAAAUUAGGGAGUAGGACUGCAGUGAUAACUGUGCCAUCAAUUUGUACCUAACUGGGAUUUCGUUCCUGAAUUUGGCAACUGGAAAUUCUGCCAUUCGUCCUUGGUUGGCAAGGUUGAAAUAAACUGCAUUCUGCACAGAAGAAGACUCGGUACUCGGCAUCUGCCUGAAUUAGACAAAAUAUCUUAGAAUUGUGUGCUUUGGACUAUUGACUAUUAUUCUUGGACAAGAAAAUAUUUCAUUAGGUUUAUUGCCUAGAUAUGGGAUGAUGGAAAUAAAAAUUGCAACUUUUUUGGCACAGGUAAACUUUUCAAGAAAGCUUGUUUUGAUAUGACAAAAAAUAUAAAGCUUGGGACUUUUAAGGCUUUUUUAAAUAACAAAGUUGGUUACAUUAAAUCUGUGACAAAUGUUUUUAGCAUAACAAAAACUAACAAGUAGUUAAUAUGAGCAUAAUACCUCUGAAUUGAGCAGAAAUUGGCAUUUUCUACUUAUAUCUGCUUAGCAGAAAUAAAACCAUAUGGUAACAUUACUUUGAUUGUAGAAAUAUCGGGAUAGUCUUCACUGAUUCCACCAGCUGAAAACAGUAUGGUAACACCCUAAAAUAACAGGAUAAUGCUUCCUGCCUUGUUACUAUUUCCAAUCUGGUUGCUGCCAAGUUCAGACAGAUGAAUCGUGAGUCAGGCUGUAGACCAUUUUAUGAAGCACGGGUUCAGUGUUGUACCACGAUUGUUAUUUUAGUAUUGCAUUUGUAAACGCCACCCAGUAUCGAGUGGCAGUCCAACUUGAGUGAAACUAUGUGUAAAUAACUUUAAAUUUGACAUUGUGGAGCUGUAAGGAACAGGAAUGCUCCUCACUUGGGUCAGCAUAAAGGGACUGGCCCCCUGCCACAUGUGGUUUUCUUCCAUUUUAAACUGCCUCCCUGCUCUUUUCAGGGCUAGAUUGAAUUUGCAUUGAUGGCCAUCAGAUUGCCCAAUUUUGCUGUGGCCUAGAGUGACUGGGCUGCCACAGAGUAUUCAUUUUUGAUUGCUGCUUUCUGGCCCUGUGAUAAUGAAGUAGGUAAAAAACAAGGACUGCAGAUGCUGGAAACGAGGACAGAACCCCCCUGGUGCUCACCUUCCACCCUACCAACCUUCGCAUAAACCACAU